AAUAAAUUGAAUUUCCCGAAUCCCAAAAUACGGUUUCUUGGAAAAGAAAAUGGGGAGCUUUCAUUUCCUUCGCAACAAAAUGGAUCUGGGCAAACAACGUUUAAUUUCUCUACAUCUACAACAUCCGAUAUGGAAGGUCCGGCGGGUAGCUUUGAGUGCAUAUGUGGAACACCACCAAAAGGACCCCUGACUUCCCUUGGUUCAAUACGUAAUAAAAUUCGCAUUCACGCUAAUGAUGAUGUCUAUGAGGCCACCAGGAAUCGCAUGAAUGAAGUGGAAGACAAGUAUAAAAACAAAUGCACGCGAGAAAUCAAACCAAAUCAAAAUGACAUAGGACGUAAGGUUAAAGUCAAACAAUCAGUAUCGGGAUCCAGGCAGUCUUCCAUAUCGUCUCAACCAGCAAGACCUGCCCUACCGUCAAUGCGUGAUAGUUUAAUGAAGUCAACGUCGUAUUCAAUUCCGCCGGCCGUUAAACCGUCCCAAAAUAAUUUACAACCGUCAUCAACAAACUCUUUCACAAGCAAUAAUCCCUCUAAUGGAUUAAGUAGUAAUCAUGUGAGCAGCUCGCAGCGAAGUGCCGUCCCGCAAAGUAAUAGAAAACCAGCUGGCCCAGAGGUAUCUAGACGGCCCUUAAGAGAGAGAUUGAUACACCUGUUGGCUCUGAGACCCUUUAAGAAGAUAGAAUUGCACGAUCGUAUUACCAAAGAGGGACUUAGAGGAACCAGUAGUAUGACAAAUGUAUUAAAGCAAAUAGCCGUAUUGCGAGACAAUAGUUAUUAUCUAAACAGGAAUAUGUGGAAUGAAGUAAAUGAUGAUUGGCCCUUUUAUAAUGAAACAGAGAAACAAAUACUCAAGAGAAAAAAACCUCAGAAUCUAACACCCCCAGGUGGCAGUGACGGCGGUAGUUCUGGUAGCGGCCAGUCACCCACAAGUACCCACCCGGGAUCGCCGCCAAUGAUUUCCUCUACAAAUGGUCUUACAGGAGGAACAAAACGGCCGGGAUAUAGUGAAGGUGCAGAUGGAUUCCCAUAUAAAAAGCAGCGCAUAGCUCAUGGUGCUAAGGGGCCCAAUUCUAGCGCUCAACAGCCCCCAGUGGACGGAUUUGUUAAUUACAAGUCUCCUGUGCAGCAGAAUAAUAGCCAGAGGAGAUCUGCGGUCGAUCUUCGAGAUACUUCCAAUAUGAACCCGAGAAGUAGGGAAUCACCUUCAAAUAGUUUCAGCAAUUCUUUUGACAACUAUCCUCCUCCAGAGGGCGUCAAAGCUGUUGCCAGUGGUAUGUCAUUUGCUAGCAGUAGAGAAAACACUUUUAACGGGUCACCAUUGAAGAACAGCUUGAUACUCCCUACAGAUCACCGCAAGGGUUCAGUUAGUCCAGUGUGUCACAGACAAGCAUCUUCCAGUGACUUCGCAAGAGACAGUGAAAAUCGUGCUACAAAAGUUUCAUCAACCAGUCAUCAAAGAUCUGUCCGAGUAAGUCCCGAUAGCCAAACCGAUCGUCCGACGAAAUCUAAUCGGGAUGAAUCCGAACAAAACAUCAUCCAGGAAACAGCAGAAGAGGAGGAGUCGUAUCUUGACUUCAAAAAACAGUAUGUGAAAGUUACAUCACCUAAUCAGAAAAGCGCGUACAAGGCAGAUUUCAAUGCAUAUUAUGAUGAGUACAAGAACCUCUAUCACGUCAUACAAAGAGUGGCAGAAAGGCUCAGUCUGUAUCAAGAUGAAAUGGACCAAACGGACGAAAGUAAUCCUAGAUAUAAUUUCUUAAGACAGCGACUUGCCGACGAAUAUUACGCCUCCCACCCAGAUGAGCUGCGCGCCAAAUCCCGAUACAAGUACUUGUAUGAAAAACUUUCGCACAUCAAGAACCUGGUGGAGGAGUACACGGAUGAUCAAACGCAGCAUUAUAAGAACGAUUCCUCGGGAGAAUAGUAGGCAAUCGUCGCACCUCAAACUCAAAUGUGCUUUUCUGUUUCAGUACAGUGUAUCCAGUUGUCGUUGUAAAUCGCGGAUUUCUCAGUUAUUAUUGAAGAUUUAUGAAAGAUGACAGUGAAAAAUAUUCAAAAGGAUGCUUGUAGAUUUUUUCGCGUAGAAUCCAGCGGAGUAGUUAGUUUGUUUCCAAUGUAAAUGGUUUUUUUUAUAUCCCAACCAAACUUACUUUUUUAAUGAUACCUUGUAUAUUUUCACAUAUUUUAAUUCGCUUUUAAAUCCGCAUUUCGACAAUAUACCGAUCGAAAUGCAUGGACAAUAUACAUGACCGAUCGAAAACGAAUCGACCGGUUUUUAUUUGAUUUUCAACCAUUGUACCCGCCUCACUUUGAAGUGUCGCGAAAUUCGUGUUGUUCCGCAUUAUAAUGCUUCUGCUAUAGGGAGUAGAAUUUAAUUUAAGUAGUUUUAAUUGAAUAAUCACUUUUAGAAAUAUAAUAAAGGAAUUAUAAUUAAAAACAAUUUUUUUUAAGACGCAUAUGAAAAAACCACCUUAUAGGAAAAAAAGUAACUACUCCACUGGAUUUUACCUGAGAAACGUUUUCCCACUUUUUCAGCAAUCGUAUAUUUUGUUUAGUGUUUGAGAUAAAAAAAAAUGAUGUCGAAAAGUACAGACUAUCCAGAAACACCCUAUAAUUACAAAACCAAUAUGGAGGGACCACAUCAAUCACUACCAUUUUUUGUUUGGCAAAUCGGUCACCGUAUUACGAAAAUCGCAUGUUUCUAUCUUCAGUAAUAAGUGAAACACCUGUGAUUUACAACGAGAAAUGGACACCCGGCACUUGACAGGAUUUCAUUUUAUAGCCGAAUCUAAAGUAAUUUCAAUUUAAUCAUCGAUUCAGGUUUGUUGCUAAUUUCUUUUAUAUAGUCAUGGUAGAAGUACGAAUAUUUACGGAUCAUUAAGAUGCGUCCACAUCAGUAAAUAUUUAUGUUGUGCUUUGUAUUUUGCAAAGAAAUUCGCUCCGAACGCUUGUUUGGAUGUGGACUGGGGAUUGCAAUUUGUGUGCGGUGUAUACAAAGUGUUAAGUAGAUGUAUUCUAGAGGUGUGCUAAACGGUUAUUUAUCUGUAACGGGUUGCAACGUUUCAGUUUCACCUUGGUAACACGUAACAGGUUACACGUUUGGAACACAUUUUAGCGGUUACGGUAAAUACCGACCAUCCCUAAUGUAUUCCUUGUACGGGGUGAUGGUGCAAGUAAUUUUGGAUUUGGAAAAAGAAAGGUCUCUUUGACUUUUUUUCUAGAACACACCGUUUUUGAGUAAAGAAAGAAAUUAAAAUCGAUUUAUUGCAUAGCUUAAUCGGGUAGCGUACUGUACUUUCAUCAGUGUUCCAGAAUAGACCGAAAAUAGGCUCCUGUGUUGGCUGUCCCAGCGACGUCAAGUGCGCAAUAAGAAUAUUUAUUUUCGCAGUAUUGGCAAAGACUCAUUACUCUCUGGUAUUGGUUCCUUUACCUAUUAAAAAAAAAUUCAUAAUCAAUCAUAUAUUCGCUUAUCUGGUAUUUAGCUGGUUUGAUUGUUAUGUUAACGAUUUUGUGAUUGAAGAGUGGAAGUAACAAAGGGGAUAAAUGCCAAAAUGUAUUUUUGAAGAUAAUUAGGAAAAUGUGCAAGGAAUCAGGUUGGUUGCUUGGCGGUGCUACAUCUUUGAUUUGAGGUUAGCAUGAGGAUUAGCACAUAGCGAUUUCGUCAAGGCAUAAAGACAGCCACUUAACAUCUGUCUAUGGAUCUAUCUCGCAAUCGCGAAUUUUGGCACUUGCCCUCUUUGUGACUUCCAUUCUUCGAUUAUAAAAAGUUUUUCAACAUUGCAUCAUGUCGAUCUUAAUAAUCGUCUUGAAAUGUCUACAUUCGGAUUUCCAAUUAUAAAAUAUGGUCAAAGGCCUGAAGUUACUAAAAUACAUAUUUACAUAGGUAUAUUAUUCCAAGGCCUAGGAAAGUUUUUCAAUCGAAAAUUAUGUUUACUGUUAAAACAAAUUGACAAAAGAUGACAUGUAGCAAUAAAUAAGAAUGCUUGGAUAGCGGGUUUGGGACUGGAUUAAAAACUCCUUUUAAACUCUAAAAAUGGCCGACAUUUCGACCCUUUAUUCAGGUAUUUCUCAAGGCUAGAAACAGAAACAAAACAAAAAUUAAUAUAACAUACCAGAUCUGUAUGCAGUAAAUUGUGCAGUCAACCAACUAAGGACAUUCCGGGAUCAAACAAACGACACCAAAAAUGAACCAAUAGAUCAUAUUACCCAUCGAUAAAUGCAAACCGGAUUUUUAUCUCCGUUUAUUCCGUACACGAUGUCGAAGGUAGCUCUGAAGCCAAGACACCAUCUGACAAUGAACGGUUUGGUAGGGAUCACUUUGUCUUUGCCUUCAGCUUUUGGUGCUCAUCAUUUAUGCAUGUCUUCAUAGAUCAUCACUUUUGUAAAAGUAUAUGCUCCAGUCACUCCAGAACUAGCUCUGAACGGGAAUAUAUUUUAUUGUUGCAAAAACCGAAAUCUGCUGGAUUAACCCCUUAACUAUUAAAACGCUUUUAUCACUCCGAAAUGACUAAUGACUAACUUAUGUCCAACUUUUUCUGGUUUCCAAACGUUGCAGAAACGGUCUGUUUUUCCGAACUCACGUGGUUUCGACGAAAAUGGAUCGCAGCGUAACAAAAUUACUGAUGUGGACGCACCUUAACCUAGUGAGCUAUCGUUGCCAGGGCAGUUAGUUUCUUUGUAAUAAAAUUGGUAAGAUUAUGGAAAAUACGCGUUAGCAAUGCUGUUUAAUAUCGCCGAAGACCCGUUGAUAGUUUACCACAAAAGUGAUUAUAUUGAUUUAUUCGUUUUACUUGGUUGUAUUAAUCAAAAUGAGUAUUCGAAUUGGAAAUAUUGAUUUUAGCAAUUGUCAUAUUUUUAUUGUUAAUGUAUUUGUAACUACGCUGUGUAUAUAAUAUAUAAUAUAAUGAUUAAAUAUAAGUACAUGCAAAAGUGAA